CACGAAACAUAUUCUCAAACGCCUUGUUCAGUUUCCGCACCUUUUUGAAUUGACUAGAUGGGAAAUAUACAUACGGUUGGUCCUAGUGAAGCCCUAGUCAUUUCUGGAGGAUGUUGUGGUGCUGCAAAAGUUCGUACAAUAAUUGGUGGAUGGGGGUGGGCUUGGUGGCUUGUCACCGAAGUUCAAAAAAUUUCACUCGGGGUAAUGACUUUAAAUCCAGUGUGUGAAAAUGUUGAAACAUCAGAAGGAGUUCCUUUAACGGUUACAGGUGUUGCCCAAGUAAAGGUGAUGCGAGACGAUAAACUACUCGAAGCAGCUUGUCAACAGUUUUUGGGAAAGAAACAACGUGAUAUACAAAAUACUGUCCUUCAAACAAUGGAAGGACAUUUAAGAGCUAUUUUAGGAACUUUAACAGUGGAAGCAAUCUAUCGUGAUCGUGAUCAGUUUGCUGCACUAGUCCGUGAAGUAGCUGCACCAGAUGUAGGACGUAUGGGAAUUGAAAUAUUAAGUUUUACUAUCAAAGAUGUUUAUGAUCGUGUGGAAUAUUUAAAUUCUUUGGGACGUGCACAAACUGCUAAUGUGAAAAGAGACGCUGAUAUAGGAGUUGCUGAAGCUGAACGUGAUGCAGGAAUUAAGGAAGCAGAAUGUGAUCGUUCACGUCUAGAUGUACGUUAUGCGGCUGAUUCGCAUAUUGCUAAUUCAACUCGUGAAUUUCAACUGAAAAAAGCAAGUUUUGAUCAAGAAGUGAAUACAGCUCGUGCUGAGUCUGAAUUAGCCUAUAAGUUACAGGCGGCUAAAGAAAGACAAAAGAUUAGAACAGAAGAAGUCAAUAUUAAUAUUGUUGAAAGACGUAAACAAAUUGAAAUUGAAGAAAAGGGUAUAUUAUGCAGUGAAAAGAAUAUGGAUGCUACUAUACGACGUCCAGCUGAAGCAGAAGCUUAUCGAUUACAACAAAUUGCUGAAGGUCAUAAGACACAGAAAAUACUUCUAGCUCAAGCUGAAGCUGAUGGUAUCCGUAUGAAGGGUAUUGCUAAAGCUGAAGCUUUGGAAGCUGUCGGUAGAGCAGAAGCAGAAAGAAUGCGUCUAAGAGCUGAAGCCUACAAUAAAUACGGUGAUGCUGCUAUCCUAAAUCUCAUAUUGGAUACAUUACCUCAAAUAGCUGCUGAAGUUGCAGCUCCUUUGAGCAAAACUAAAGAAAUUGUCAUUAUGAAUAGUUCAAAUGGUGAUCCAGUUAAUGUACAAAGUCUUACUAAUCUAGGUAAAGAUUUUGCCACACUUGUAGGCACUGUUCCACAUGCAGUACGAGCUUUAACAAGUGUUGAUCUUAGUCAGUCAAUUGCCAAGAUACCAGGAGCUAAAGUUGCUACUUCCUAAGAGUAUCAUACACUUUAAGUUAGUGUGUGUGUGUGUAGAACAGAAAGUUUAACAAACAUCCUCCAUGUUACUGGAGAUUUCUUCCAUUAUCGAAUUACCUACAAUCAAGUUUGCUUUUUAGUUAACUGAAAACAUUUCUAAUAUUUAAUCUUCCAAAUUAUCUACUAAGGCAUUAGAUAUCUCUAAGUAUAUAUUAAUCUUCCUUCAACGUGUAAAAGUCACCAAUAUAUAUUUAUAUGUGAUGAUUUGUUAAAUACGUUAUUUAUCAUAUUUUCUGUGUCCUACUGCCCUUUUGAUACUGUUUCCCUGUUGUGUCGGAGGUUUCUCCUUUCUACUUUCGUUUGAUUUCUGUGAAAUUUCGCCUCGACUACUCACACUUGAUAUCGACGAUAUAUAUACUCAACUUCUUUUUAUAACUUUGUGUACAUUUUAGCAACAUCAUAUUAUUCGACAAUGUUUCUUUCGUAUGACUUUCAUUUUCACAACUAUGGAACUGACAAUCAAUCAAAUUUUCUAUCUCCUUGUCUCUUUUUUAUUUUGUUUAUUUUAUGCAUAUGGAUUUUUCUUUUCCUCUAUGACAAAAAUUACAGUGAGUUAUACAAGUAGUAUGUGUGCUAAUCUCUUCAAAUUCUCUAUGUGUUUUUUUUCGUAUUCUGCUGAUCACUCACUUUAUAUAAGAGUGUUGAUAUCAUUGUACUAUUUUGUUUUUGUUCUAUUUUAUCAAGUGUUGGUUCUCAGAGAUUUGAUUGGUUACAGGUAUAGUGACGAGCUGACAUCAGUGUUAGAGAGGAGCAUUGGAAAACUCGCAGACAGUACUGCGUUUCUUUUUCGUCCUAGUUUGGGAAUCUUCGCCACAAUUAUACACCCAGUGAGUUUCGAACCCAGGACUAUUCUGCCACUUGAAUCCGAUCCAGUAACCAUUAAUUCUAACUUCUGCCGAUUCGUGAUAUAUAGUGAGAAGUUGUAACCAGUGUGUUCCACGAAGUCAGGUAGGAGAAAAGAUUCUCGCCUAUAA